UUUCGUCGAUUUUUCCAGACAGGUUCACUCGAUAGCUCCAGGAAAGCGUGAAAAAGCAAGAAAACGAGCGGGGAAAAGCGGAUAGGCGCAGGACACAUAAACUAUCUCGAGUGAACUUAAACAUACAAAUAGUAAACAAGUGCGAAAACAUCAUAGGACUUAUGCUAAAGCUGUCAAGCAGCAAGUAUUUGUGCCUGAGUGUACGCCAUUCGAUACCUAAUUCAGGCCAUCGGAGCACACUCUAAGCAUAUUUGAUAAUAAUUUGUUUUUAUUACGAAACUUCAUAGUGCGUAUGCAUUAACCACUCGCGAUCUCCGUAAGACCGCCACAUUAUUGUUGCACGUGCAUGUCGUGUGUAUGUUCGCAAGCAUAGCACGUCGAGCACGGCAGCAGUGGCCGCAGAAUUUCCAUGGCAAUGCACUCCUCUUAUUUGCGUCCCAACCAAAGCCAAACAAACAACAGCGUGAGCGUCAACAGCGAUCAAAUGCGCAGCUUCGUAAAGGACAAACAGGCCUGGGAGCACGCUGUUGCCUUGUACCAAGGGCCAGAUCCCCUUGACCAUUGGUACAACUACAUAUGUUGGUACGAGAACCACGCACACAGCGAUCCGGAGAAUAAAUUCCGAGAGACGCUCGAACGCUGCCUUACCGUAUACGAGCACAAUGACUACUAUAGGCAGGACCCACGGUUGGUGCGUCUGUGGCUGAAGUACAUAGCAAUGCAGACAGAUCCACUGCACUUUUAUCAGGUGCUCUACCAGCGAGGCACCGGGCGCCAAGUGGCUGCGUUCUACAUCGGCUGGGCAAGUUAUUACGAAUCUAGGGAGGAGUACAAAGACGCCGAGGCAGUAUUCAAUUUGGCGUUUCAGGAGAAGGCACAAAGCAAUGCCGAGCUACAGCAUGCACAUAGUAAAUUCACAUAUGCGCGUUCUUUGCAUCUCCAGCAACAGCAGCAGCAUUUGCAACAAGCACCGCAGCCAGAUGCCUUGCAACAACUGGCAACAUAUACGCAAAAUCACCACCAGCAGCAGCAACAACAUCAGGCUCAUCAACCGAUGCCACAAAGCUAUCCGCAGCCGCAUCGCCCCCAGCAGCAACAGCAACAACAUCAUCCGCCAUAUCUGCAGCAUGCACAGCAGCAACAGUCUCAGCAUAUCUAUCACCAGUCGCAAUACCAAACGCAUCCCCAUGAGCUGCCUGCAGAGCAGCAACCUGCCAACCUUCCACACCAGCAUCCGUAUCCUCCACAUCAAAACCAACAAACGCAGGCACACUCCCACUACCAGCAUCAGCAUACUCAGCAACCGCAUCCUCUUCAACGUUACGAACAACAGCUGCAAGCUACAGCCGGAGCUGCCGCUUUGCAACACCCACACGCACAAGCACAGGUACAAUCACAGGCACAGACUCAGCAGCAUUUUCCGCAUAUUGUGCCACACAGUCAGCUUACGCCGCCAGCCUCACAUUAUGAGCCACAGCAACAAACAGCACCUCCUCAACAACAGCAACAACAGCAGCAGCAAUUGCAUGGCCAGCAUCCCAAUGCUCAUGCACAACCGCAGCCACAGCAGCUUAAUCAGCAUCAACCAUACCAGCAGCAAAAUGGCAAUGGUUUAUCUACGAGUCAAGCCGCAUCGGCUCCUGCAACUGUGGAGAGCUCGUUAGAUGUGGCAGGACUGCGACUUCCUCGCAACUUUCAUCCCUGCGGACGCAACAAUCACGAGACCUGGAAACCAGCGUUGACGCUGGAGGAGCCAGAGGAUCCGUGUCGGGUCUGUCACUAUCCCAAGCAACUGGUUUAUCCAAUCGGCGCGGGCAUUGAAUACAGUCCGGAGGAGUUGCGAGCGCGCAAAUAUGCGCAGCUUUUGGAGCAGAGGCGUCGGCAGCAAUCAGCACCACAGCAGCCACAUCAGCAACAAGCCAAUGUUAUAGUACAAGAACAGCUGAAUCAAAAGGAGCCACUUGCGUAUUCAGCAACUGUUUUGGAACAGCAACGACAACAACAGCUUUACGAUUCCUAUGAAUCAGAGGCCUCUUAUUAUAUAACAGCUGUGGACGGAGCUUUAAAUUCUCACAACAGCAGCAGCGGCGUUGCUGGUGGCGGCAGCGACGUCACAACCAGUUAUAAUGGAGCGGAAAGUAAUGGGGCUGAAGAUGAAGAGGAAGCUGAGGCCGAUGAAGAAAACGACGAUGAAGACAGUGGCGACGACGACGAUGAGGAGGAGGAAGACGGCGACGAAGAUGAGGAAGCCGAAACAGACGAAGUUGACGACGCCGCCUCCUACACAAAUGGAAAUGUCGGGGCAACAUAUGGUAUGCAGUUCAGUGCGCAAACGACGAUCGAGCAACAGAAUCGUUCGAUAAAAAUAAAAUUCAAAAAGGAGCGCCCAGCAGGCAACGAUACACUGCAGAGCAGCACCUACAGUGCCUAUACCAUUGAGCGCACCUAUCAGCAGCAGGAGGAGCAUCUGCCCGCUUCCCCCAAACUGGAGAGCAAUGUGCAGAGGCAACGCAAUGGCCACCACUUCCAUCCCUAUAUGCUGGGGCAGACGUCGACGCCAAAGAGCGAGUGUGUAUCAGCAGCUAAUGGCUAUAGACGAGCGCGUGGCAAGUUAAAGCGCAGCAAGUUCCAAGCCGACCUGUGCAGCAAUAGCAAUUCAUCAUCGUCCGCUUUGGAGUUUCCGUUCAAUGGUGAAGCAAAUGCCUCUGCUGCUGCUGCUAUAGCCCAAGGUUCUGCCGCGAAAGCUAGAGCACCUGCUUCUGUUCCAGCCGGCGGUGCGGCUACCCUACAAAAUGCCACAUUUAACGACAAUGCCAAUUUUUCAUUCGCCAGCGCGAGUGCCUUUGAUAAUUCCAAUAGUUCAUUAGCAUCGGCCGUGGAUCGUCUAAAUUUCCGCGAUGUCUCCCGUGUGGCCACCAACAAUAAUAAAACCAUGCAGUCGCACAAUAACAAUAUCCCCACCACCAACAACAACAACACCAGCACUAUCCAUAAUGCAACAGCAGGAAACACAACGGUGGCCGAUUUCUCCACAUUCCAGGAGAAUUCGUAUUUUGCCACCCAACACGACAUUGAGGCCAAAGAACGCCGAUUGUCCAAGGCACUGGAGACCAUCGAACGCCAUAUGGCUAAGGAGGCCAUUGAUCCGUUCAAUAGUGAAUUGUGCCGCGCCUUCCUCGCCAAGCUCGACUUUCCCGGCGAUGAUGUGCACGCAAGCUAUAAGAUUAUACAAACGCCACUGCCAAAAAUUUCCAAUACUCGCACACUCAACGUCCUAGAGGGCGUGCAGUUCAGCAUCGAUAAGGAGGUUGGACGUGGAUCCUACGGUUCGGUGUAUAAGGCGACCGAUGCGCGGUCGGGCAAUGUAGUGGCCUUGAAGUAUCAGAAACCCCCAAAUACCUGGGAGAUCUACAUUUGUGAUCAGGUGCUGAAGCGCAUCACAAACCCAGAAGUGCUGCCCGGCUUCAUGGAUAUUUCAACGGCUAUUAUAGCGCCCAAUGCCAGCCUGAUUGCUACAGAGUUUUCGCCUUUCGGUUCGCUGCUGGACAUCAACAAUAAAAUACGACAGGCCACCACAAAAGUGAUGCACGAAUCGCUCGUCAUGCAUUUCUCGGCACAGAUAUGCAAUAUUGUGGAGCAUCUCCAUCGUCAGCAUAUCAUACAUGCGGACAUAAAGCCGGACAACUUCCUGCUGAUGCGUGUACCCAGUGUGGACAGCAAUCUGCCGUCGCUCCGCCUUAUCGACUUUGGCUGUGCCAUCGACAUGUCCCUCUUCCCGGACGGCGAACACACGAAGUUCCGCAAGGUGGUGCAGACGGAUGGUUUCACCUGCAUUGAGAUGCAAGAAGGUCGCCCGUGGUCGUACGAAACGGAUCUCUUCUGCAUUGCAGGCACCGUGCAUGUGAUGCUCUUUGGUGAGUAUAUGCAGCCGCAGAAACGCGGAUCCUCGUGGGAUAUUCGCCAGAAAUUACCGCGCUAUCUGAAGAAGCACGUGUGGGGCAAGUUCUUCGGCGAGCUACUCAACAUGCAGGCCGACAAGCUGCCCGAUCUGAAGGAGAUGCGCCAGAUCAUGGAGGAAGAGUGCUGUCGCAUGGACUCGGAGCUACAGAAACAAAUACGCACUCUGUCCAAUAUAUUGCAUCGCCGAUAACCACUUCUUCCGAUCGUCGUUAUAGAUCUUUGUAUUUACCCAAUCAACCUUUGAAUAAUCUAUCUUUCUGGGCACUUUGUUAUCAGUUUGUUUCAACGCCCGUUCUAACAUUUGAUGUUUUUAUUUCAUAUUUUCAUAAUUUAUUAUUUUUUAUACCAAAAACUAAUUACGUUUCUUGUACCAAUGCGAAAGACGCACUGAAACCCCAUGUAAAUACUAUGUAUAUGCUUGGCUCUAAAUGCUAAAAAAAAAGAAAAAAAAACAGUUCGUAAUGCGGGAAUA